UGCGAGGCGCUUUCCGGAGCCCCCGGGACUCCACGGCUGGGGCUGGAUUUUUUGUGUUUGCUCGUUUCGGCUCCAGCUUAACACCCCGCGCCCCGGGCUGCCUGCAGUGAGGGGGGCAGGCGCUGGGUUUCCCCAGGACAGAGGCGCCCUCCCGUACACACGCUCCCUGCCCUGCCCUGCCCCGCAGGAUGCCUGGACCCCAGUGGAAGGUCAAGCGGAGUUGGUUUAAAGUGCUGGUGGGUUUGAUAGCAGUGGCCUUGGCUUAUUCCUACAACGUGGACCUGGAUCACCCGGUGGUCUACCAGGGGCCCAAUGGGUCCUUCUUUGGAUACUCGGUGCUGGAGCAUUACUACGAUAACACCCGCUGGGUCCUGGUUGGUGCCCCAAAGGCAGAUUCUAAAUACAGCGCCUCUGUUAAGUCCCCAGGAGCUGUCUUUAAAUGUCGAGUCCACACCAAUCCUGAGAGGAGGUGCACAGAGCUGGAUAUGGGUCGAGGCAAUACUCGGGGCAUGCUCUGUGGAAAGACCUGUAAGGAGGAUAGAGAUGAUGAAUGGAUGGGCGUAAGCCUGGCUAGGCAGCCCAAGGCUGACGGAAGUGUGCUGGCCUGUGCCCAUCGCUGGAAAAACAUCUACUAUGAGACAGAGUACGUCCUCCCCCAUGGUUUCUGCAAUAUCAUCCCACCCAACCUCCAUUCCAAUGGUCGAAAAUUGUUGCCCUGUUAUGAAGAGUAUAAGAAGAAAUACGGGGAAGAGCAUGGCUCGUGUCAGGCUGGAAUAGCGGGCUUCUUCACUGAGGAGUUGGUCAUCAUGGGAGCACCAGGAUCUUUUUACUGGACAGGAACUGUCAAAGUGUUGAACCUCACUGACAACACCUAUUUCAAACUGAAUGAUGAUGCUGUGAUAGCCAGGCGGUACACAUACUUAGGAUACGCAGUGACAGCAGGUCAUUUCUCCCAGCCGACUACCACAGAUGUCGUAGGUGGAGCUCCCCAGGAUGGAGGCAUUGGAAAGGUUUAUAUUUUCAGAACAGACAGGGGAUCAGGCUCCUUAAUAAAGAUUUUUCAGGCAUCGGGUAAAAAGAUGGGCUCUUACUUUGGCUCCUCCUUAUGUGCAGUUGAUCUGAACUCAGAUGGACUUUCAGACCUGCUGGUUGGAGCACCCAUGUUUUCUGAGAUCAGGGAUGAAGGUCAAGUCACAGUCUAUAUCAACAGAGGAAAUGGAGUCCUGGAAGAGCAGCUUGUUCUGAACGGCGACAAUGCCUACAAUGCACACUUUGGGGAAAGCAUGGCCUCCCUAGGAGAUAUUGAUGAUGAUGGCUACUCAGAUGUCGCCAUUGGGUCCCCAAAGGAGGAUGACUACGUAGGAGCGGUGUAUAUCUACCAUGGAGACGCAGGUGGCAUUGUUCCGCAGUAUUCUAUGAAACUGUCUGGGCGAACUAUAAACCCAACGCUGCGGAUGUUUGGCCAGUCCAUAUCGGGAGGAGUUGAUAUGGAUGGAAAUGGUUAUCCGGAUGUGACCAUUGGGGCCUUCAUGUCAGACAAUGUGGUGCUUCUAAGAUCUAGACCUGUCAUUACAAUGGACAUCUCCAUUUUCCUGCCAGCUUCCAUCAAUAUCACAGCUCCCCAGUGCCAAGAUGGCUUGCAGCAGGUGAAUUGCCUCAAUGUCACAGUCUGCUUUCUUUUUAACGGCAAACGUGUUCCAGGAGAAAUAGGUUUGAAUUAUAUAUUGUCUGCAGAUGUGGCAAAGAAAGAAAAAGGCCAACAGCCCAGGGUUUACUUUGUGUCUCCUGGAGAAACAGUGGGACAGGUUGUGGAGCAGUUACAGCUGUCGUACAUGAGGGAAAAGUGUGAUCACUACCUAGCCUACGUGAAGAGACGAGUCAAAGAUGUGAUAUCCCCAAUUGUGUUUGAAGCGGCAUACAGUCUGGGGGAACAUGUGAUGGGAAAGGAGGAGAAGGAACUACCUGCUCUUAAGCCCAUUCUCCGCUGGAAGAAGGGAGAGAAGAUAGCUCAGCGAAAUCAGACUGUUUUUGAGAGGAAUUGUCAAUCAGAUGAUUGUGCUGCUGAUUUGAAACUUCAGGGUAGAUUAUUGCUGUCUAGUGUUGAUGACAAAACCCCCUAUCUGGCAUUGGGAGCAGUAAAGAACAUUUCACUUAAUAUCUCCAUCUCUAACAUUGGGGAUGAUGCCUAUGAUACCAACGUGUUCUUCAACUUUUCCAGGGAGCUCUUCUUUAUCAAAAUGUGGCAAAAGGAAGAGCUGGGCAUUGCUUGUGAGCUGCUGGAGUCAGACUUCCUCAAGUGCAGCGUGGGAUUUCCUUUCAUGAGAUCGAAGUCCAAGUAUGAGUUCAGUGUGAUCUUUGAUACAAGCCACUUGUCCGGGGAAGAGGAGUUUCUUACAUUCCUUGUCACGGCCCAAAGUGGAAACCUAGAACACUCUGAAUCGCUACAUGACAACACUCUCACCCUGUCUGUGCCCCUGAUGCAUGAAGUGGUCUCAUCUGUCACUGGAACUGUCUCCCCGACUUCCUUUGUCUAUGGAAGGUCUGUGGAAGCAUCCAAUUUUGUUCAGCUGGAUAAUUAUGAAUGUCUUUUUCAGCCUCUCAACUUCACUCUUCAGGUUUACAACGCUGGACCAAGCACACUCCCCGAAUCUUCUGUUGACAUUUUGUUUCCUAACCGCCUCUCUGCCAGUGGGGCUGAAACUUUUCACAUUCAGCAGAUGAUGGUUGCUCAGGAGAAAGGAAACUGCUCUUUUCAGAAAAACCCUAACCCAUGUGUCAUCCCUCAAGAAAAUGACAAUAUUUUUCAUACCAUCUUUUCUUUUUUAACCAAGUCUGGCAGAAAAGAACUGGACUGUGAAAGACCAGGCACGUCCUGCUUAAUUGUACGCUGCAACUUAAGCUCACUAGCAAAAGCAGAAUCCCGCAAUAUAGAUGUUUACAUGCUGCUAAAUACAGAGAUAUUAAAGAAGGACAGUUCAUCAGUCAUCCAGUUUGUGACAAGGGCGAAGGUGAGGGUGGACACAACACUCAGGAUUGUGGAAGUAUCUAAAGGGAAUUCUGAAGAUGCAAGAGUGGUCUUUGAGGCCUUGCACAAUAUGGAGCCUCGUGGUUAUGUUGUGGGAUGGAUCAUUGCUAUUAGUUUGCUGGUGGGAAUUUUCAUCUUCCUGGUCUUGGCUGUGCUGUUAUGGAAGAUGGGCUUCUUUCGCAGGAGAUACAAAGAAAUCAUUGAGGCUGAGAAAAACAGGAAGGAGAAUGAAGAUAGUUGGGACUGGGUCCAGAAAAAUCAAUGAACUGCCACAAAAAAGGGUCACGUGACACACACUUGCUAGCCUAUUGGUCCUGCUCUUGUAUCUUCCAUAUGUGGAAGAAGGAAUCUUCUCCAGAUUUUUCGGAGGCCCUGUUGAUGCUGUGUUCUUCAUCAUCCUAACAAGCUAGGGAACAUAUCCUGAGGCAACCACUGCAGCCAUGUCUGGUGACUGGAGCGAUUUACAUUUCCUGUAAGAGUUGAACUUUGAACUUUGGUAACCAAGCUGCAGUGCAGAGCAAUAUUUAUGAAUCCAACAUAUGUGGUAUACCCUCAGGGGAAGACUGAUACCUAAAAGUAUUUUUAUAAAUAUAAGCUUUUUAUACUGAUUAUGUCUUUAUAUUUGUAUCAAUGUUUUAUUGUUUCUAUUGAAUAGCUAUAUAGUUCACUCAAGCACUGAUAUCUGGCUAAAACCUUGGAAAUACAUAUAUGUAUAUAUAAAUCUUAUUGUACUUUUGAACUUCAAUGCAAAAAAAAAAGACUUUCAGAUGAAACUAGUUGAAAAACCUCACAUAGCAAAUCCACAAGGCUUGGUAAUGUAUAUAGACCAUUUAAUGGCAAUAAGCCAAAGUCUUUUCACAUUUUUUAAGCUGAAGUUGAUUUUUGAGUUAUGAGCUAAAGAACCUAAAGUAUUACUCACAUAUGAUUUUCUGCAUUUGAAUUUAUCCGUUACUAAUCUGAGUUGUGGGAAACAAUUACUCACAGCCAAGUAACAAGAAUUAUAGUUCCACGUUGCCUCUUGUAUUUCAGGAAUAUAACCUUUUGAUCACAGGGCAUAUUGCACUGAAGAAAGCAGUGAAGAAUGUCUUCCUUUGGCCAACUCUGUCUCCCACAAUCUGUAAUCCUUUGACAAUGGGCAACAAGAUACUGCAAGGAUAUAAUUGGGCCAACCACUUAGGCAUCAACUAAUUACUUUGGGUUAAAAAUGGAAUUAAUUAUGUCAAAAUUCAUGAUAUAAAAGAUGGUCUUUGAUAUUGUUAAUGGUCAUAAUCUAUUUCACAUGUUGCUGUACAAGCUAGUGAUACGUAGCUACAUGGACUGACCAUUAUGCCUGCCAUCUAAAUUUUAUACAUCCAAGUUACAAGAUGGUUUACAUGAUAAUCUUUAGAAUAAUAGUUGUAUUAGAUAGAUGAGCAAAUUAGAUGUAUUUCUAAAUCUUGAGGUUUCAUAUUUGGAUGCUUUUAAUACUAGCUAUCAUCUUUCAUCUAGUAUUAAAAACUGAGAUGAAUUCUGGCACAGACCUUGCUAAAAUGCAGACCCUCACUCUCAAAUAAUUCUUUAGCAGAUUUCUUACUGGGCUGGAAGAAACUCUGUGCUAAUGAUGUUCAUAGAAAGCUGGUUGGUAUCUGACUAGAAAUAGUGCUACUGGUACACCACUUAUUUAUAGACAUUAUUGGUCUGCUUCUGCUCUUACAUUUCAGCAGAAUACAUCAGGAGUAAUUACAUUGAUAAUGCUGCAGGGCUGACUCCAGGCACCAGCACUGCAAGCAGGUGCUUGGAGCGGCCAAUGGAAAGGGGCGGCACGUCCAGCUCUUUGGUGGCAAUUCGGCGGCUGGUCUCUCAGUCCCUCUCGGAGGGAAGGACCUGCCGCCGAAUUGCUGCCGAAGAAUGAAGCUUGGGGCGGCAAAAACGCUGGAGCCGGCCCUGAUAUGCUGGUAUAAAAUCAAUGUAAGGGAGAGGAGAAUCAAGCCCUAUGUGUUAGAAGGAGAUGAAAAAGGAGCAAGAUCAUAACUGGUGUCAUACAGCAGCAUGAUGAAAGAGUACUGCAGGAACACUGAAGACUUGAAUGCAAAGAAUAAACCAGAAAUCUGCAUGAGUACUUGCCUGAUCCUUACACUUGUGAAGAGGCAUUUUCUUUGCAAAUUCUCUAUCAUUUCCAACUACAAAAUAUGAAUCGUGUCCGUACUCAUGCAUUUUUUUAUGUGCCCCUUAUUUGGCUGCAGGUUGAUACUUUAUGUAGCAACUGUAUCUAUUCUAAUCUCUAGGAAAGGAGACAGAGAUAAUGUUGUAUCCACUCAAAAUUUGUCACUGAAGGGCCUUCUUAUCUAUGUUGGUCAGCCGCCUUUCCCAAAAUGCUGACAGAAGUAUAAAUAGAACAGAUUUAGCAGAUCUAUCCUUACAGCACGGCAGCAACGCAACUGCACAGAGAUACUCCACCUCCCCAAGAGGUGUCUAUGCUAGGCGGCUAGGUCAGGAUAACGAUGUCACACCGGGGUGUGGAUUUUCCACACCCCUGGGUGACGUAGUUUAUAUUGACAUAAGUUGGUAAUGUAGACCAAGUCUCAGUGUAGCAAAUGACCACAUAGCCAGAACAUAAAAGGAUCCAGUAAUCAAGAACAUUGCUAUAAUCACUUAUAGCAAGCUACAAAUUAUUUUUAAUGAGCACAAAGCCAAAGGAUAAUUGUCUCCUAUUGCACUAUUUAGUAUCCCAGUCUUGAGCCAAAUUCACUCUGGUAUAAUUCUAUUGACUUCAAAGUACUUUUGCCAGGAAUGUAUUUGGCUCAAUGUGUCUAUUUGUACUGAAGAAGUCCACAGACUGAGAAAGGUGUUUUGUUGUAAGGGACUGGAUACAAGAGAGAGAAUAGAUGCAGUAUAAGGGAUUGCCUAGGUCAAGUCAAGAUAUGGAGGAAAGGAGAGAGAUCCUUAUUUAAUAAUAAAGAUAUUUAAUAUGUGUCUUGACUGAUACAAAAUGAUGAUGUUUGGCUAGAUUAGUGACAAUAUACCAUAAAUACUCAAUAAAAUCAUAGAGGAUCUCAGCUGCUGUGUGGUAUUAGGUAUUUUGUGGUUCAAAUGUCACAAAAGGUUUAGUCUUUCUAUAUGAGCUCAUCAUGAAUUUCCCUAUCAGUUUCUUGGCACGGUCCACUGUGACUGCUCCCUAGUUCCACUUAGGAUGGUAAGAUUUAACCAUGAAAUACACUAGGACAGAGCAUAUUUAAAAAAAAUAAUAAAUUCAAAUUGCAUUAAACCUACAGGUUUUGAUCAAGUAUCAGUUGGUUUUAAUCAGCUUCUGAUAAGAAAACCAAACCCUUAUGAAAACGUAGCACACUUCAAAUAUGUAUAUAAAGUAGAUGUGUGCUAAAGGUGUGCUGUUUUUUCACAAGGGAGCACAAAGAUACAAAUCACUUACGGCUGUUUCUGCCAUUUUCAGGGUGCCCUCCAAGCACCCUCGACUCUCCUUUAUAGUCAGAGAAAGAUUUGAGACAAAACUCAGUGAAUAAAAUUCACCUCCGUGCAGAGGGCUAGUGUGGGACCUAUGCACUGCCUAAAAUCUACUGAAUCCCUAUCUUGAGCGAAUAAAUGAUAGAGUGCAUAGUCUGAGGGCAAGGGUGAUGGGGGAAGAGAUGACUUCUUAAACGCUGCAGGAAUGGCACCCAAUAUUAAGGGUAACAAAAUCCUUAUACUUUGAAAUGUCAACAAAUAGUGAAGGACCCUCUUUGAAAUCAAGAAUGUUCAGGUAAAUGGAAUGAACAAAAGCAGCAAUGACUCAAAGUGCAAAGGCUGCAUUUGAUAAUGUUUAGUGCCAUCUUUCUUUGAAUGUCUUCUGUUUAUGGGCACGGUUUGGAAUCUUGCACAAUUUUCAGGCAUGAUAUUAUCCAUGUGACAUGGGAAUAUAUAUGUUGUUUUCACUAAAGGAUUUAAGGGAAUCAUAGACCUAACUUCUGCCUUCAUUUAAAUUCAUACACUCAGUGGGAUUGCUCGGAUGUAAAUGAGGGUAGGAAUUGGCUCACAUUGUACAUUGAUUAAACUGGCAUGAAGAGUGUAACUGCUUCGGAGCAUGAAAUUGCAUAUACAGCAGGGUACCUGCCUCAUUUUCACUCUUUUUUUUCUUCUUAAAAUUUCACUCUGUGUGUAUUGCAAAAUUGUAAAAAAUGUUGUUAAUUUUUGGUGGAAGAACAUGUCUCACUAUUAUCAAUGUCACCUGUAUUUAGAAGCUAUGUGUGCACCUGUAUUCUGAUUCACUUGCACUGUUUUGGAAAUGUCAGGUUUACAAAACUACAACUUUUUUUUUUUUUGGAAUAAAAAGUGGCUACAAAAUUA